AUGGAGGAAACUUCUGAGAGAGUUUUAGAAGAAAUAACGUCGAGUGUAAAGCCGUCUGGCCCAUCGUCAAGCAGCGAGGAACUGGCAAUGUUAUUCGAUGAAGAUGCUUUGCACAUGAAUAUUGCGAUUGAUUUGUUGAAAAUGAUGACCUAUCG